AAGGUCUCAGUUUCCGGUGUGCUCCACUUUUUCUCGUUUUCAUUUUAUCGUCAAGAACAAGCUAGGUAUAGAGAUAAGCUGGUUCCUAGGUGUGUUUUUGUUCAAAGCAACAAUAAAACAGGGAAAGUUUUCGUGUUAUUUGGGAAACAUCACCUGUUGAAGAACCAGCUCAUACAUACACUCAAAACUGUUAUAUUACAGCUUCGGCUACUUUAUAUUAAUUAAUCUUACACAGACACGAGUUUAGCGAGAAGGUUUUGCCGCUGCAUUUGUUUUAUUCUUACAUAUCUUGGUGAAACCCACUGAACACUAGUAGCAGCUGAAGUACAAACACGGAAACUUGUCAAAGCAUGCAGUGUUUGGAGGAAGCGCUGACGGCAGUGUGCGAAACGUCUUCAGGUCGCAGUUUAUGACACAAGUCGCGCCAAUGUGGUGGAAUGGACGGAGCUGUGGACAGAGGAGACAGGUCGGCCCUCAGCAGCACGGCGAAACCAACAGGAGCUCAGGAAGCUCUGCACCAGUGCCGACUCAUCCAGCAUCUGGUGGACAUCUCGAUCAGCAGCCUCCUCUCUCUUAGGACAAGAUGCGCCGCAUCCAACGACUUCACCCGGCGGGAGAUCCGUACUUUAGAGGUGAAGCUGACCAAGUACAUGUGGACACAGCUACAGCUAAGGCAGAGGAUACCAGAAGGAGAAAGACCUGAAGCUCUCGCUCAAUACCCAAGACUGCAGGACUGGCUCCUCACAGCUGACCUCACGCCACAGUUCAUACAGGCUGCAGCAGGGAAGCUCUCAGUGGACAGCUUGCUGCAGAUGUCCAGCUCUGAGCUGCAGGACAUGAUGAGACGCCUAAGCUCCAACUCAGAGGACCGCUCUCGCCUCACUACUGCUCUCUCCUGUCUAAAGAGUGUUAAUGAAACAGGAGGCGAUCUGAGGCAUAACUCAGGCUCCUGCAGUUCUGAGUCACAACAGGACAGCAGUCCCUUUUCUCCUAUUAGCCCCUCUUUAAGCUCUGGCAGCCCUUUCACCUCAUUAAAACCCAACAGCAAUCAUGGCCGGUCCAUCUCUAUAUCAGUGGUACCCUGUUCGGAUGACCAGAGACCAACUGUACCAGCUGAGAACAUGAGCGAUCCGUUCUCUUUGGAGUCAAGCACCCCAUCACUAACACAGGUCUCAAAGACCCACACGUUCAAGUCCUCCCACACACCACCACCACACUCUCGCAAACUGUUGCAACUGCUUCCCAACAUUGCACUUACGAAAAACAAGAGUCAUGACUCGCAGCCGACUAACCGCAACGAGGAUCCUGGGACACACAAGCCCUGUAAGAAGAACAAAGUGUUGGCUGCUAUUCAGAUCAACGGCUCUGGGAUCAGUCCUGAAGAUUCAGCUCUAAGAUCACCUCUGCUAUCUGCCCAAACACCUGGCCCUGUCCCAGCCUCAGCUCCAUACAUGAUGCCUGUUGCCCCCAUCUUACUGGACAAUCUAGCCAUGCAGAGAAGUUCCCCACAGACAAUAAGAAGAGACAUUGGCCUGGCUGUAACCCACAGGUUUUCGACUAAGUCCUGGCUCUCCAAGACAUGUCAAGUUUGUUCUAAGAGCAUGAUGUUUGGUGUCAAGUGUAAACACUGCAAGUUAAAGUGCCAUAACAAGUGUACCAAAGAUGCACCUUCAUGUCGGAUAUCGUUUGCUACGUUGCCAAGGAUGCGUAGGGCAGAAUCGGUACCAUCAGACAUCAACAAUCGGAUUGAUCACACAGCCGAAGUCUCACUGCAGUUUGGCACCUUACCAAAGGCACUAACCAAAAGGGACCCUGUCCCCAGUAUUAACCAACUGGAAUCCAGCAGUAACCCGUCAUCAGCCACCUCUUCCACACCUUCCUCUCCAGCACAUUUCCAGCAGAGUAACCCUCCAAGCGUAAGUGCCACCCCCCCACCUAACCCAUCACCACAGAGCUCCUGGGACAACCGCUUCAACUUCCCAGAUGUUCCUGCCUGCACAUACAGCGCUCAGCAUUCUGGCAGUCACAAUGAGUCUGGGGUGUCACUGAUGGUGAUUACUGAGACACAAGUAACAGCCUCAGAACAGGGACUGGAAGAGGAAGGAGAGGAACAUUACCCAGCUAUGGAUAAAGAAGGAGCUGACCAGACUGACACAAAAAAGAGUUAUUCCAAGGAAGAGUAUGAUGAGGACGGUCUGGAUGAUCUGCCCUCUUCUAUAUGCCGCCGUCAGGCUGCAGGCCGUUCUGGGGUCCCCAUCUCUCGUAAGGUCAGCCAGACCAGCGUCUACCUCCAGGAGUGGGACAUCCCGUAUGAGCAACUACAGCUGGGAGAGCUUAUUGGAAAGGGUCGCUGGGGUAAGGUGCAUAAAGGUCGCUGGCAUGGUGAGGUGGCCAUUCGCCUUCUAGAGAUUGAUGGCAACAAUGAGGAUCAUCUGAAAGUCUUCAAAAAAGAGGUUAUGAACUACAGGCAGACCAGGCAUGAGAAUGUCAUCCUGUUCAUGGGCGCAUGCAUGGCUCCUCCUCAUCUUGCUAUUAUCACCAGUUUCUGUAAGGGUCUGACUCUAUAUUCUGUUGUAAGAGAAAGAGGUCACCUGCUGGAUAUAAAUAAAACCAGACAGAUUGCACAGGAAAUCGUUAAGGGAAUGGGUUAUCUUCAUGCCAAAGGCAUCAUUCACAAAGAUCUGAAGUCCAAGAAUGUGUUCUAUGACACAAACAAGGUGGUGAUUACAGACUUUGGCCUGUUUGGAAUGUCUGGUGUGGUACAAGAAGGCAGAAGAAAGAAUGUGCUACGGAUACCACAGGGCUGGAUCUGCUACCUGGCUCCAGAAAUUGUUCGAAAAUUGAGCCCAGAGGUUGAUGAGGACCAGCUGCCUUUCUCCAAAGCUGCUGACAUUUAUGCUUUUGGCACAAUCUGGUAUGAGCUGCAGAUGCGAGACUGGCCCAUUACCAACCAGCCUGUGGAAACUAUAAUCUGGCUAGUGGGUAGUAAUGAAGGCAUUAAGAAUGUGCUGUCAGAGUCCAAUCUGGGCAAGGAGGUCACGGAGAUCCUGUCUGCCUGCUGGUCCUUUACGGCACAUGACAGGCCACCUUUCACCCAGCUAGCAGGCAUGCUGGAGAGACUUCCUAAACUCAACCGCAGGCUUUCUCACCCUGGACACUGGAAGACAACAGAAAAAGCUGAAAUUCUAUGAAGCUAAGAGGAACCAUUACACCAUCAGUCAACAAAAAUGCUGUAAAUAGUGUUUUUUAAAGAAAUGUGAAAAAUGUAAAGCUGGCCUGCUGAUGAUCAAAUGAUAUAUAUGUACAUAUUUAGACUGUUUUUAAUGUGACUACUGUUUUAUUUUGAGGAAAGAAUGAAUAAUGUAUCAAGUAAAUGCAUUUUUUCUACCUUAA